CGCCCAUCCUGAUCUUCAAAUAGCAGCUCGGAGCUCGACAGCCGCUUCUGACCGGAGAACGGAAACUGAAAUACAACACCUCCCGCUUCUGACAAAUACAGAGAGACUGAGUCGGCGAAACGUGGUGCUCAGCCUGGCGUGUAUGAAGACCCUUUUUGAGUUUUUUCUAGAACAGGAACUAUCUAGUUAUCCGAUUUAAAGUACACAGGCUUGUUGUUUACGUAGAUUGUGAUACUGGAAACUUCAAACAAACGAAGCGUCAACGUUGCUCCAACGUUUGCUUUCCGGUCUCGUUAACAUUAGACGGUGGUUAAACCGUAACAACUUUUGUAAUCGAUAACGAUUAGAUUCAGCGUAAAUUUAAAGUGUCAUCAUGCCUCGGAAACGGCGCUCACAGUCAUGGACGGAGCUCAAACAAGCUGGAAACGAGCGUUUCAGAGCCGGACAGUAUGGAGAAGCUGUGAUUCUCUACAGCCAGUCCAUCGAGCGGCUGGAGAAGUCUGGUCAGAACAACAACAAGGAAGAUCUGGCUAUUUUGUACUCCAACAGGGCAGCCAGUUACCUGAAAGAUGGAAACUGCAACGAGUGCAUUAAAGACUGCUCAGUAUCGCUUGACUUGGUUCCUUUUGGAUUUAAAGCGCUCCUUCGCCGGGCUGCAGCUUAUGAGGCCAUGGAGAGAUACAGACAGGCUUAUGUGGACUAUAAAACUGCUCUACAGAUAGAUUGCAACAUCCCAUCUGCGCAUGAUGGUGUCAACAGAAUGACCAAGGUUUUGAUCGAUAUAGACGGACCAUCUUGGCGAGAGAAGCUCCCUCCGAUCCCCACAGUUCCGAUGUCUGUAAAAGAAAGUCUAGCACAAUCCACAAGCCCGGCCUCCACCUCACAACAGAACGGCAUGAUCGAAAACAAGAAAAAAGUUCCAGGACCUGAAGCUGUUAAAAAGGCCAAAGCUCUAAAGGAGGAAGGCAAUGCAUUUGUGAAGAAAGGCGAAUACAAGAAAGCAGUGGAGAAGUACACGCAGUCACUCAGUCAAGACAUCGAAGUCACAACCUACACAAACAGGGCUCUCUGCUACCUUUCAUUAAAGAUGUACAACGAAGUUAUUAGCGAUUGUGAUGAGGCUCUUAAAUUGGAUUCUGCCAACAUUAAGGCCUUUUACCGACGUGCCCAGGCAUAUAAGGAACUCAACAACAAAAAAUCAUGUGUGGAAGAUCUCAACAGCUUGCUCAAAAUUGAGCCAAACAACACUGCAGCACAAAAACUACUUCUGGAAGUGCAGAAGAUGAAAUAACUGUUCAUGUGGACAUGAGGAGACUUUUUAGUCAAAUAGUUUAUUUGCCUCUCAAAGCUGCAAAAUUUACUUUCCUUCAUGUACGAUUAUUUAUCAUAACGAGAGAUAGAAUUUAACCUACAGGCACUUUUGAUGAUACAUUUUGAAAUAAUCCACUGGGUGCAUUUUUGUCCUGAACUUUUGUGUUCCAUGUCAUUUAUUCAUGUUCAAGUUCAUUGAAUUCACGCAAUCUUUGUCCCAUUUGUUCAUGUUAUGCAUGUUGAAUUUAUUCAUUUAAUUGAUGUGAUGUUGAUUUAGCAGUAACUAAUGUGCCUUUCUCAUGGCACAUUAUCGCGAGACAUUUCAGCAUUUAAUCACGUACAGGAUAUGAAUUAUAUAUGUCAACAACUGAAUUUUCACUAGUUAAAAUUCGAAUUCUUAAUAUAGAAUAACAACUAGUAAAAGUGCUCAUUUUUAUUGUCAGUAACUACACUGGCACUAGUAAAAAAUCUUGAUAUCUGUAAUUGGGUUUUCACAAUGAUCUGUCAUUGCCGCAUUAUAAGUAGUUUUAGUUCAAUUGUUGAUAUCAGGAAUGGUUAUUUGUACUAGUGACAAUGUAAUAAUUGAUAUAACGUAUCAUUUAUUUACUAGUAUGUAGAACAGGAUAUUUGAAAAGCAAGAAAUUAUAGAUGUCUGUAACUGUGAUCAACAUUUAGCACUUUCACUAGUAGUAAUUCCAUUCUUGAUAUCAAGAAUUGGCAUUUUAUCUAGUGAAAAAAUUAAUAAACAAUUAAAAUGUACCUUAUUCAUUUCCUACACAUGACUAAAAGUCAAUUUGGCUUGUCAUACACACCUUACACAUUUACAGUGUCAAGAUAUUCUGAAACUCAUAUUUUUCAGACUAAAGUCAAACUUUCCACUUCAUACUGAAAUGCAAUUAGGCAGCAGUUUCUUCAUACUUCGGAUGCACUGAUGUGACAAAAGGAUGUAAUUAUCAUUCCUCAGCUCUAGCAAGUUAUAGAUUUCAGAAUGUUUGUAUUUCGUACAAGCUUAGCAUUACCAUUUAUAUUAAAUACUACGAAACAGUUGUGGUUUUAGGACAAUGAUCUAUAUUCUACAUCAAUGAAGAUUGUUUAAUAAAAAUGCUUUUAAAAGGAGUACUUCACCCAAAAAUUAAAUUCUGUAAUCAUAUACUCACCCUCAUGUUGUACCGAACCAGUGCAACUUACAUUCUUCAGUGGAACACAAAAGGAGAUUUUAAACAAUGUUUGUUUUAGUCACCCUUCACUUUCAGUGUAUGGACAAAAUAUGACAUUAAAGUGAUUGUUGACAAAGGAUAACAUUGUUUCAAAUUAUACCGGUUUGGAACAACAUAAGGGUGGGUGAAUGAUGAUAGAAUUUACAAUUGCAAUUUCUAAUUGUUUCAUUGUCUUUUCCAGAGGAAGUGGUCAGCAAAGAUAUUCGCAAUUCAUUAUUUUCCAAACCCCUGAAUGUAAAUCUGUUAAGACUUGACAUCUGUAUUUAUUACCGUUUUCUGUGCGCAGUGUUUUGUAUGCCAUUUUGCAUGCAAAUGAGGAGCCAUGUUCUGACAUGCAUCUGAUAAAAGAAAUCUUUACGAAUAGUACAUCUUGUGUUUUACAUCCUGUAAACUGUGAGAUGUAAUUGCUAUGGACAGUGAUUUUUGUUUCUUUUGUGUGGGUUAGCAUUACAAAAAUAAGAGAAAGUUAUGUAUACAGGUAGAAACCUCUUGUCCGGUUGUAAAACUGUGCAGCUUGUGUUGAUGUUAAAUAUUCCGGGUUCAAUACAAGUUAAGCUCAACAGCCAGCAUUUCAGGGAUAAUAUUUAUUACCACACAAAUUAAUUUAGACUUAGUCUGGGUUACAGUGGAGCACUUCCACUAUAAGAGAAUGGGGCCAAGACCUACAUGUAAUGUCAACAAACCCUAAAAUGACUGUAGAAAUGACAAUUUAAACACUUUACAGCUCAAAUACAAAAGUUUUAACAGAAUUAAUUUGUGCUUUUAUAAAAUUAUAAGCUUCACAUUUCUGCCUUUAAACCCUAUAAAAUUGGCCAGUGUAUGUACCUCAUUUUAAGAAAGUUUAACAAGUCAAAAAAAUAUUUGUGGUAAUCAACAUUAUGCCACAACAAAUGCUCUUGAUUGAGCUUAACUUGAAUUGAACCUGGAAUAUUCUGUAAAACCCACAUAUUGUUCCAUACAACAGUGAAUCUUUAUUGUCCACUUACAAGGAAGUCUGUGUAUGGUCAUGACCAGAAUUAGUUGGGUUACCAAGUGAAUAUCCCACUAAUCUCAUGUCAACGAAAUGUUUAAAUCAGAGGCUAUACUUUGGAAACCAUGUAUAUUUUAAUGCUUCUUCCCAGUGCCUUGCCUUGUAGACGUCCAUUGUUAAUACAUUGCAGAACACACAAUUGUUGCUUGUUUUCACAAAUUGGGAUGAACUGAAUAUUAUUUUCUGUGAUAAUCGGUAAGCAUCCUUUGAGUCCACUGAACUUGAAUUGAACCUGGAAAAUUACUUUAAAUUUAAAUGUUCUUAAAGGAAUGUUCCAGCUUCAAACUGCAUGUUUAAAUGUUGAUUACCAUAAAAAAAUUUUGGUUGAUUACCAAAAAAAAAAUAAAACACUCAUCACUCAUUUUUGUUUGUUUUUACUUAAGCAUAAAAAAAUAAAAUUGCAGUUACAGUCAGACACUUAUAAUGGAAGUGAAUAUGUCUAGUUCAAAAACGGUAAAAUACACACUGAACUUUUAAUGUUAACAUGAUUGUGUCAUAAUGUAGCUUACUAACCUUGUGUAAAGUUAUAUACAAUUUUACAACUUCAUGAUGACAUAACAGUGGUUAAACCCUGUAACCUGGUAAAUGCUUUAAAGAAAUGUUCCAGGUUCAAUACAAGGUAAGCUCAAUCGACAGCAUUUGUGGCAUAAUGUUGAUUACCACAAAAAAUAUUUCGACUCGUCCCUCCUUUAAAAAUUAUGUUAAAAUGAGGCACUUACAAUGGAAGUGAAUGGGGGUGAUUUUUGAGGGUUUAAAACACAGAAAUGUGAAGCUUAUAAUUUUUAUAAAAAGCACUUGAAUUAAUUCUUCAGUUCAAACUCAUGCUUUAAGCUGUUUAACCACAAAUUUUUAUGGGCGUUUUAGGGUUUGACUACAUUACAUCGUCAUGGUAACAAAUUUGUUAAAUUGGCUGUAACUUUACACAAUGGUUUAUAUGGGAUUUUAUCACUAAAAUCAAGUUAAAAUGCAUAUUGUUUAUGUCUUGGCCCCAUUCACUUACAUUGGAAGUGCCUCACUUUAAUAAAGAAUGCUUUAAAAGACAAAACGGCGGGGUGUUACAUUGCAAAACGGAAUGUGGCACAUAAUCAUUUUCUCUCGAUUAUCUUGUUUUCAAAAUUGUUGGAAGCCAAAAUCAUAAUUGAAAAUAAAAUUUGAUUAAUCGCCCAACCCUAGUUGACAUUAUAUUGUCAUGGUAACGAAGCUGUAAAAUUGGCUAUAACUUUACACAGAAAAGGUUAGAAAGUGAUUUUAUAACACUAAUUUAAUUUUCACACACAUAUCCUUUAUGUCCUGUGGCUAUACUUAAGAAACGGAGUAUUUUAAUGUUCCCUUCCAUUGUAUGUGCCUCACUGGAACCCAGAUUUUUGCUUUAUUUAAAGAAAAGGAGGUACGAGUAAAUUUUUAUGUGGUGAUAAAUAUUGUGCCACAGAUACUGUCGACUGAGCUCAACUUGUUUUGAACCCGGAAUAUUCCUUUAAACGCUGGUUAAUCCCUGAUUUUAUCGCACUAAAAUCAUGUUAACACGUAUAAUACGUUUACAUCUUGUGGCUAUAUUUAACAGCGUAUUUACAUGUUUACAGACUAGUGCCAUUCACCUCCAUUGUAAGUGCUUUAUUGUAACCUCGAUUUGUUUAGAUAAACAAGGGAUGAGUUGAAAGUAUUUUCUUUUGACCUAAACUUGUAUUGAACCUGGA